AAUCAAGACAAAUUAGAUUUAAGUAUAACGUCGGAUAGAUAUAGGUGUCGUGGGAUUGGUUUUGAAUAAUGUAUGAGCCCGUGCCCCGCCCGGCUUAGCCUUAUAAAAGCGUAAACUUAAAAACAGUUAGGUUGUUGGGCGUAGGAGGAAGACAGCUACAGUGGUUUUGGGGUAGUUGGAUAACUCAUAAUUGUGGAGUCUGCGGUAUUCUCAAACAUUAGGGAGAGAGAAAAUGGAUACCUUUCGAAAGGGUAGCCAUGGAAGUCUUCUUCUAGGGAGAAAUACUGGUGGUAGGCUGGCAUUUGCCAAAGCCAUUAAUAUUGUGUUCCGAGGUUUAGCUUCUUAUUCGACGUCGUCGUCGCUAUCUCCGUCGGUAUCACCGUCGCCAUCGCACAAGCAGAACGACGAUGAUGUAAAAUCGAAGCCAAUUAAUCUUUUCUCUGCUGUAAAUGAGGCUCUUCAUAUCGCUUUGGAAUCCGAUCCUCGUGCGUAUGUUUUUGGAGAAGAUGUGAGUUUUGGCGGAGUUUUUCGUUGCACUAUUGGAUUGGCUGAUCGAUUUGGUCGAAACAGGGUUUUUAACACCCCUCUUUGUGAACAAGGAAUUGUGGGAUUUGGCAUUGGUUUGGCAGCAAUGGGUAACCGAGCUAUUGCAGAAAUUCAGUUCGCAGAUUAUAUUUAUCCAGCCUUUGAUCAGAUUGUAAAUGAAGCUGCAAAAUUCAGGUAUCGAAGUGGAAAUCAGUUCAACUGUGGAGGCUUGACAAUAAGGGCUCCAUAUGGGGCUGUUGGACAUGGUGGGCAUUAUCAUUCACAAUCUCCUGAAGCAUUCUUUUGUCAUGUUCCUGGGAUCAAAGUGGUUAUACCUCGAAGUCCACUGCAAGCGAAGGGGUUGCUUUUGUCAAGCGUACGCGAUCCAAAUCCUAUCGUCUUCUUCGAACCCAAGUCUCUUUAUCGAGUUGCAGUAGAGGAGGUUCCUGAGGGUGAUUACAUGUUGCCAUUGUCUCAUGCAGAGGUUAUAAGAGAAGGAAGCGAUAUUACACUCGUGGGUUGGGGUGCUCAACUAGCUGUAAUGGAAGAGGCCUGUGCUGAGGCUGAAAUGGAUGGAAUUUCAUGUGAGCUCAUAGACUUGAGAACGCUAAUACCAUGGGAUAAGGAAACUGUAGAAGCUUCUGUUAAAAAGACUGGAAGAUUACUUAUUAGCCAUGAAGCUCCAGUAACAGGAGGUUUUGGUGCAGAGAUAGCUGCAUCUAUAGUUGAGCGUUGCUUCUUAAGGUUAGAAGCUCCUAUUGCUCGGAUUUGCGGUUUUGACACACCAUUUCCACUUGUAUUUGAGCCAUUCUAUCUUCCUACCAAGAACAAGAUAUUAGAUGCGAUCAAAUCCACUGUAAAUUACUAAAUUUAUGCGUGGAUGUUGCUAUGAAGGGCAAAUAAAUCAUCCUAUUGUGUUAUACAAUGUACUCUUAAUCUGUGUGUUAAUGUAACUAGUCUCCUGCCUUUUAAAAUUUAAUUUUCUUAGACGUUUAAAUACUACUAGUAGUAUUUAUCUAAUAUGAUCAAAACGAAUAACUUCUGUAUAUUGCCAAAUUUGUCAAUAGUAAGAAAGUUUAACUGUCAAAA